GUGUGACAGAAAUCUGGUCCUUUACUUCAUUAAUUAUUCAUGCUUUCUCCUACAUGCUAAAAUUCUGUAAUGGCGUGUGUUUCCAAGAGAAAGAACGGGUACGGUAAAUUACUUUAAUUGCCACGGGGACCCUCUCUGUUACCAUGUGCCCGUGCCUUCGCCUCACUUCUUGGUCGUGUCUCCAGCGCCUAACUCCACCUAACAACGACGGUAGAGGAGGCGUUUCCUGCCUGAUUUGUUGGCUACACGACGACAUCAAAGCCAGUAAGUCGUAAUAUGAAAACGAAGAUAAUGGAAAACUAGGGAGCACAUUGUAGCCCAUAAUUUAAUGGGUCUUAUGACGGAGGCUCUCAUUUAUUUUAUAACAGAUCUGUUACAAAAUUUUGCUUUUGGUUUGACAAGAGGGCUUGAGCAGAGUGGAGACUACUAUAGCUUUAGUGACAAGUCAGUCGUGCUACGACUCGAUUGAAGUCUUCCCAACAGCUGUUUUGAGAUGGAUUCACCGUAGUGCUGCCUUUGAGCAAUAGAUGAAGCUGGCGUGAAGUUAAUCAUCUCUGUUUUCUUUUAUUAUCGAGUCCGCUUUCCUUGUUUACUGGCGAACUGACGUGUGAAAUGUGCUGCAGCGAGAAGCCAAUUGGGUGUUCUUAUAAGGUACCACGGCAGGGGAAAAGCUCAAAACGAUCAAUUUGCCCCCGCGUGCACCACAAGCCCUAUGACUGCUAGAGAAAAGAAGAUAAAGAUGAUGCGUUUCUGCGAUUGUUUCUCCAGCUAUGUAGUACAGUAUCUGUUGAAAACGAGUGGAUUCAAAGCAAGGGCGCUGGCUGAACAGAAAUAUUAACCUGUUUUUGAUGCAACGUUGGACAGAUAUUCUUUAUUCUUUGUCUUUUAAUUGAAAGAGAACAAAAGAGAUGAAAUUUCCAAUAGAGAACCCACGAAAGCAAGUGAACUGGGAACAAGAGCAAGUGGCGGUUCAAAUUAACAUGGUUCCGCCAAAGAAGGUUCAGCCUGGGGUGGCCCAGUCCAGCUUGGUGCAGGCCAGUGUGGCCGCCAUGCAGAACCCCAUGGGCUGUGAACCCAGGCCCAAUGGCCACUGCCCGCUCCCCAGGCUCUCCGUGUCUUCCCGCUCCACGGUGGUGGCCAGCAUGGACAGCACCAGUUCCACGCUCCACACCGUCAUGAAGUGGAAAACGGUGCUGGCCGUCUUCGUGGUGGUGGUGGUCUACCUGGUCAUCGGGGGCCUGGUGUUCCGGGCCCUGGAGCAGCCGUUUGAGAGCAAACGGAAGGACAACAUUACACAAGAGAAGGCUGUCUUCCUGCACGCACACACAUGCGUCACCCCUGCUGAGCUGGAUGAGCUCAUAAAGCAUGCUGUGAAUGCUGCCAGUGCGGGGGUAAGCCCCAUCGACCAGACAUCAUACAACUCCAGUUACUGGGACCUUGGAAGUGCCUUUUUCUUUGCCGGCACUGUGAUCACCACAAUAGGCUAUGGAAACAUUGCCCCCAGCACUGAGGGAGGAAAGAUCUUCUGCAUCCUGUAUGCCAUAUUCGGCAUUCCUCUCUUCGGCUUUCUCUUGGCUGGCGUCGGUGAUCAGCUUGGAACCAUUUUCGUAAAGAGCAUUGCAAAGGUGGAGAAGAUGUUUCGGAAACAUAGGCAAGUCAGCCAGACAAAGAUCCGGGUGAUUUCCACCAUUCUCUUCAUCUUGGCUGGGUGCAUAGUCUUUGUCACCAUCCCCGCCUUCAUCUUCAAGGGCAUUGAGGGCUGGACAGCCCUCGAAGCUAUCUACUUUGUGGUCAUUACCCUCACGACUAUUGGCAUUGGAGACUAUGUUGCAGGUGGAGAUCAGAAAAAAGAAUAUGGGGAAUGGUACAAGCCGCUGGUCUGGUUUUGGAUUUUGGUGGGCCUCGCUUAUUUCGCCGCUGUGCUCAGCAUGAUCGGAGACUGGCUGAGAGUUCUUUCCAAGAAAACAAAAGAGGAGGUCGGGGAGAUCAAGGCCCACGCCGCUGAGUGGAAGGCCAACGUUCGGGCGGAGUUCCGGGAGACCCGGAGGAGGCUCAGCGUGGAGAUCCACGACAAGCUGCAGCGCGCGGCCACAAUCAGGAGCAUGGAGCGGCGGCAGCUGGGCUUGGACCAGCGGGCACACUCCCUGGACAUGCUCUCCCCGGAGAAGAGGGCUGUCUUCUCCAGCCUGGACACCGGCCGCUUCAAGACCACCUCGCAGGAGAGCAUCGACUCCAAGCUGAACAACCUGCGGCUGAAGGUGGAGCAGCGCGAGAAGCGGGAGCAGGCCUCCUCCUCCUCCGAGGACAACAUCUUCAACCGCUUCGGCUCGCUCACCAAGCUGGCCAAGCGCAGCAGGACCAAGGAGCUGAAGAAGAACAUCCCGGAGGACAUCCGCAAGAUGUACGACACCUGCAGCUGCAACACCAUGGAGGAGGAGAAGAAGGAGGAGGAAGGAGAGGAGGAAGAGGAGGAGGAAGGGGAAGAGAAAGAGUGCAACACCAGUUUGACAAAUUUAGCCCAGUGUCCCGAGAGCUCCAGGCUAAUGAACGGGUUCAUUCCAUUUGAAACCAAAGAGGACGAGGAUGAAAAAGCACUUGAAGAACAACAAGAGCAGACCCAGAUGAGCCCUUAGGCUGGGCAUAUGACCUGUUGAAAGGUUUUUUUUUAAAGUCUCAAAAUGUGCCUUUCUGUUUUGUAUGCUUAAAUGUGGGACAGAUUAUGGUCUGCAGUCUGCUCAUUAACUACUCACUGUGCCCUUCUAAAUGAAAUUCCGUCUGCCAAAAACCUUCUGAAAAAGGUUGCAUUACCCAAAUUGGAAGUUACACUAUACUCUGCCAAAAUGUCAGAUGACUACGAUACUACUGUAAUGAGAGAUGAUUUUUAAGAGGUUGAGAAUGUGUAGGACUGUAGAACAGCCAUGUAUAUUGGCAGAAUGAAGCUGAAGAUUGCACAUUUACUCAACCUUCAGAAAGGAUUUUCUUUCUUACUAUCAAGUCAAUGUUGAUCCUUUAACAUGAUGUCUGUAACAUGGAGUCAUUGUGAAAUGAGAAAAAAAAUGCAGAAAACUUCUGACUUAAUAACACAGAAACCUAAUGUUUUUAAGAAAACGGAAAAUGACUUUUAAAAAAUUGCUGCAAACAUGUAGUCUAGAUUGUGUAAAGAAAAUAGAAAACUCAGAACUUCAACUGAAAACAACAACAGCAACAAUAAUUACGAUACUUGUACUGUGCAUUGUCUUUGAGAAAAAUUGCUGUAUCAAUAUAUUCCAAAGCUGUUCGGUUCAUGUUCGCAAGUGACAUCUCAGGGCUCGUUGUCAGGUGGUUGUUGUUCAUAUACACUUGUCUGAAUGAUGCUGCAUUCUCACUUAAAAAUGGAUUGCUUUGGCCGAAUAUGGACGAAUGGAGCAUAAGCCAUAUUGCAAAAAAACAAACAAAAACAAAACAAAAAAACAAACAAAAAAAUAUAAAACUGAGUGGGUUCCAUCUUACCAUAGUAAAACGCGUUGUAAAAUGUUUAACAUUUGUCAAAGCAGGAAGAACAAGUUAUGGAAUAUAAAUCUCAACGCAGUACUGUUCAGCGACUGCUCAGUCGGGUAUGUUUCCUUAGUCAUAAAUAAUAAUCUUACGUGACUAUUUUUCUGAGACCUGGACUGUACCCUGGGUCGGUAUGGUAAUAUUUGAGGUUUUGGAUAAAGACUGCUAUCAACAGUCAGAAUGCUUCUUUGAAUAUAAUUUUUAAUUAUAUUGCAAGUUCCUGCACAGAAUGACACUGUCUGACAGUGUACGGUAUGUCUCAGGAUAGGUGGGUAAUGAAUGAUUUGAUUUGCUAGAGAGCACUGAGUAUGUAAUGAGUAGGUAGUGUCUUGUGUGAGUGUAUUAGUGUAUGUGAGCAUUCACUACCCAUAAUGCACCUGGGCAAUAAUUUUCUGGCCCUCCAUCACAAAUGUGGGCAUUUGUUUUACAGUCAGCUAUAUUCAAACCAAGAGGAAUUUGCGACACAAAGGGUUCUAUAGUUUAUGUAUCAUGUGUCGAUGACAUGAAACCAAAAUGGCAUAUCUUCAUGAUAUUUUUGAUGCUGACUUCUUCAACACAGACAAAUUCUCAGUUUUCAUUUAACUAAAACUAUUCAUAUGUGUCCAAGAGUGAUCAGUCCACUCUUUCAGAGUAAAAUGCACUCUAUCAGAGUUUAUUUAGCCAUUUUUUAAAUAUAGCUUUGUACCCUUAAGCAGAAUCUAUUUGCAUUUCCUUUUACCAAGUCGUUUUGUUUGCUUACUUAAUAAACGCCACAUUAGUGAUUGUACAGUAUGCAUCACAGGAAAUCAUCAGGCAUGCAGUAGAAGGGAAACAGGAGCUGAUGUACAGAAAUACUGCCAGAUGUGUUCCCAGCCAAUUUUUGUAACACGCACCAUUAUCAGCUGUGUACAUGCAUGGUAUAGUGAUCUCAUCUCCACAGUCAUCCGUCACAAUAAAUGGACCUGUAAGCCUG